AUGGACGUUCCAGGUAACGGUGACGCUUGCCCUGCCGCCCCGUACAGGGACGUGAAGGCAGUAAAGGUGCCGGCAGCCCCCAGCAUCGAGGACUUCUUUAUCAUCAAGCCCAUCAGCCGCGGGGCGUUCGGCAAAGUGUACCUGGCUCGGAAGAAACACGACGAGAAUAAGCUGUAUGCUGUCAAGGUUGUCAAGAAAGCUGAUCUGAUACAUAAAAACAUGGUGCACCAAUUACAGGCAGAGAGAGCUGCGCUAGCUCUAAGUAAAAGCCCUUUUAUUGUACACUUGUAUUACUCCCUACAGUCUGCUAACAAUGUUUAUCUCGUUAUGGAGUAUCUUAUAGGUGGGGAUGUCAAAUCUCUCCUUCACAUUUAUGGCUAUUUUGAUGAAGACAUGGCUGUAAAGUACAUCUCUGAGGUUGCCGUAGCAUUGGAUUACCUGCACAGACAUGGAAUUAUUCAUAGAGAUCUGAAACCAGACAACAUGUUAAUUUCUAACCAGGGCCACAUCAAAUUAACUGACUUUGGUCUCUCCAGAGUUACUCUGAACAGAGAAAUAAACAUGAUGGAUAUUCUGAACACACCUUCCAUGAUUAAUCCAAAACUGGAUUACUACCGCACUCCGGGCCAGAUCUUGUCUCUCAUUAGUUCUCUGGGCUUUAACACACCAGUGGGAGGAAAGACCAAAAAUGCGUCACCACUAUUGAGCCCCAUGAUAUGUAGCAACACCAAUGUUUCCCUUGGAUCAUUUUGUUUUCCUCUGCCACAGAGUGCCAAAGGAUAUAACAAGGAGCUUGCAACUAAAGGUGCCGACAGCUCAUCUUGCAGUCCGAACUUGCCAGUGAAAUAUUUGACUCCGGAUUUUGCCCAGUUAAAUACAAGAGUUGGAGCAUCAAGUGCCAGCAGUCAAUCGCGCCUGUUUCCCUCCAGCACAGAGUCAGGAUGUUUAAAUAGUCCGCUGUGGGAAAAAGAACUCCAGGGAACAGAAAUUGAAGAGCCUGGUCCAAGAGUGGUUACAAAUAAUGGAAAAUCUGUUACAGGUAGCUCAUUUAGGAAGAAUGAUACCCAUCAUAAAGGCAAUCUGGAGAUGUCUGCCUCUUUGGUUGAAAAUGAAAACAGUCCAGGAAGGAUGCUUGGUGGAGUGACUGAGCACCUCCAGGUUCGGGCUACUCCUCUUAACAAUGCAGUAAAGGGUCUUGUCAAAAAAUGCCUUUACAAAAGUGCGGCAAAGGAAAAAGAAAAAGCUACUUCACCCACAGCUGAACUGACCAAAGGCUCAGUGAACAGAUGUUGUACCCAAAGCUCUUCACCGACUUGGGGAAGCAAAGUAAUGGAAAGUUCCGUGAAUUUUGGUCAAGGCCUCUGCCACAUAACAUCAGAAGGGAACUUUCCAUCUCAAAAUUUACUUUCCCCAGGGUGCCUGAUGGAUAUUUCAUCAACUGCUUCCCAAGACUAUCGGAAUGAAUUGCAAGAGGAAAUUGGUGAUCAGCCAAAGAAAUCAAAGAGGACGUUUGAUCAGGUAGACCAUAGCCCAUUUUCAGUUGACCCCCGGAGAAAGAAGGCUAAUUCAGAAUAUAAACGAGGAUAUGAAAUACCAGAAUUCCAACCAAUUGCUCACACAGGUUUAACCAGAGAAGUAGAUGCACUGGGAUUAGACUGCAAAAGCCCCAGUGUGGCUAAUGAGUGCUUUGAAGGGAAUACCAGUAACUUUGAAAGGAGAACAUCUGUUACUUCCCUAGCCAAAAACUUACUGACUGAACUAGAUGAGCAAUGUGAAAAGGAGGAUUGUAAAGAUGAACUUAAUUGCAGUUUUCAGACUGAUGACAACAAUAAGAGUCUACAGAGAAGUCUGAGUUUGUAUUCAGCCGCUUCUGCUCAGGAUGAAUCUUUCACAGAAGUUGUUAAUGAGAAACCAUUAGACAUAAGCACAAAAGAUUCUUCAUUCGAUGAGGCCACAGCUAAGGACCAUGUUUCUCCCCAGUCUUUCCUUAUGCAUAAAACACUGCCUCACUGUGCAGCUUCAAAGCAUCAGUAUACAGGUGGUGAUGGUAACAAGUGCAUCAACCACUCAGCAGAAAUCUGCUUUGAUCUUUGCCCUUCAUUCCUGGUCAAACCUAUGGCGUCAAAUCAAAAGAAGCCAAAUGUUCUAUUCCGAAGUUAUUGUAGUCCAAUAUAUGAAUCUGAUUUAUCUGUAAAAACCAGGAUGAGUACGGAGUCUGUGGAAAAAAUGGAUACAUCCCUUUGCACUGGGAGUUACCCACAAGCUGUGACACCUCUGCCAAGAAUCCAAUCAUAUAAGCUAACUGGAUCAUUUCAGACUCCACUGCCAGCCAUUAUGCAGACUCCUUACAGAACUCCAAAAAGUGUGCGGAGAGGUCCAGCUCCAGCAGAGUGGGAUAGAAUUCUGGGAACACCGGAUUACUUAGCCCCUGAACUUCUCCUGAGAAUGCCACAUGGUCCUGCAGUGGAUUGGUGGGCCCUUGGCGUCUGCUUGUUUGAGUUUCUGACAGGCAUUCCACCCUUCAAUGAUGAAACACCUCAACAAGUCUUUCAGAACAUCUUGAACAGAGAUAUACCUUGGCCAGAAGGUGAAGAACAAUUGUCUACGAAUUCCCAAAAUGCAAUUGAGAUUCUACUGACCAUUGAGUGUUUCAAAAGAGCUGGAUUAAAAGAACUUAAGAAGCAUCCUCUUUUCCACAAUAUGGACUGGGACAAUUUGCAGAAUUGUGCAAUGCCCUUUGUACCACAGCCUGAUGAUGAAACAGAUACUACAUAUUUUGAAGCCAGGAAUAAUGCUCAACAUCUUACAGUUUCAGGGUUCAGUUUGUAGCAAUUCAAUUGGCUGAAUUUGGAUAACAUGGGGGGGAGAGAGAAAAAUGCAUUUGUUUGAAUGUACAAAUAAUACUAAACUCUUAUUACUAAUUAUAUUGUUUCAAUAAUAGUAAAAUUUAUCACUUUGUUCCAUUUAAGUUUUCAAAACUCAUUUAUUUGAAAAUGAUCUAGAUUUUUUUUGACAGUCAUUCUGUUUAAAACAAAAAGGUUGUUUACGACAGGUUUAUACUGUUGUCGAUUCACUAUUUGGUUUAUUCCUUAACAUUUAUUUAAAGUAAUUUCCAUGGAGUUGGACAAUUUUGAUGAUCAUUGCAAACCAGGAUGAACUGAAAGUCCUCCAAGUUGUCCCUAAAAUCUCUUCCCAAUGUAUAUCCUCCUUCCAUCCCUCUUCCCCACCCCCAUCUUGCUAAAUGCACUUUAUUCCUACGAGUCUGACAACUAAACACUGCUAAUUUUAAAUACUGACAAUGUAGUUGGUCUUAAUUUUGUUUGUAUGGGUAUAUCCUACAAUUUUGUAUGUUUUUACUCACUUGUGCCUCUGUUGAAAUUGAAAUCUUUAUCAGAGCCAAUUAUUUAUAGGUCAUGGUCACCUAUCGGUAAUCUCUCUGAAUAGAUGAGAAAGGAUGGCGUUAACUGCUCCAUUACUUGGCCUGAGGCCUCUUAAAUCAGAAUUAAAGCUGCUAAUUUCUUCAUUCUAAUUAAUGUCUGUUUGUCUUUUUGGCUGCUUUAAAGAAAGCAUUCCCUGAAGUUUCUGGAUGAUGCUUAUUGGCCAAUAGUGAUCACGAAGUGCAUCCUUGAGUGCUUUUUCUUGUCCUAUUUACUCAAUUAAGAAUUUACAGAUAAGCAACUGCUUUUUCCCCAAUUACUGAAAUACCUACAUGCUUUUUGACAGUACAUUACUACAUUCUACUUCAAUGCACUUUGUUUCAUGUUAGAUUAUGUAACCUAUGUGGUGAUUUAAAUAAACAAAAAUUUACGGGUGUUACUGG